AGAUAUAUAUCUAGAGAGUAGGGGUAGUGGAACAGGCAACAGCGAUCGGUAGCGUUUGAGACGAGAAAAAAAUGAGGACACAGAACAUGGCGAGCGAAGAUCUGGAGAACAGAGAUGUUAAAAACAUGGGGAACGAUUACCCUUCUUCGUACAACGCGUCUACUUAUUACCAAAAUACUACAGAGAAGAAAUCGUUUUCUUGGUUGAUUCCUGCGUUUGUGGUGGCUAACGUUGUUAUGUUCAUAGUCACCAUGUAUUACAACAAUUGCCCCAAAAACAAUUCUGGGGUUCAAGGAGGCUGCGUGGCUGGGUUUCUCGGCAGAUUCUCCUUUCAGCCUCUCAAGGAAAAUCCCCUUUUUGGACCCUCUUCCUCAACAUUGAGUAACUUGGGAGGUCUUGACUGGAACAAAGUGGUUAAUGGGCAUCAAGGAUGGAGACUUGUCUCUUGUAUCUGGUUGCAUGCAGGUGUUAUUCAUCUGCUUGUGAAUAUGUUCAGUCUGCUCUUCAUUGGGAUUCGCCUUGAACAGCAAUUUGGUUUUGUGCGAAUUGGGGUUGUCUACCUCUUAUCAGGAUUUGGAGGGAGUGUUCUUUCUUGCCUUUUCAUUAGAAAUAGCAUCUCUGUUGGUGCCUCUGGUGCACUGUUUGGACUUCUUGGAGCCAUGCUUUCAGAACUUCUUAUAAACUGGACUAUCUAUACAAACAAGGUUGCAGCAUUAUUGACACUUGUGUUCAUCAUUGCCAUCAACUUAGCUGUUGGAAUUCUACCUCAUGUUGACAAUUUUGCGCAUAUUGGGGGAUUCCUGACAGGCUUCCUCCUUGGCUUUAUUCUGCUGGUCCGACCUCAGUUUGGCUGGGUGGAGCGGGGCAAUCUUCCAGCCAAUGUUCGUGCAAAAUCCAAAUACAAGCCAUACCAAUAUGUAUUGUGGUUGGUCUCAUUAGUCUUGCUGAUUGUUGGUUUCACUGUUGGGCUGGUAAUGUUGUUUCGAGGGGUUAAUGCGUAUCAGGAAUGCCACUGGUGUCAUUACCUUAGCUGUGUCCCUACUUCAUUAUGGGAUUGUGGGAGUAACUGAAGUCUCAUGUGGCUCUUCAUCUUUUCAUCUGAUUUGUAAAAAUCUUGUUCUUCGCUGUGUAUAUGCAUAUACGAUUUGAAGAGUAUGGACUCCCUUCCCCUCCCCACUA